GGGAGCUCCGAAUUACGUCUCAUCUGCAGCCACAGCAGGUCAGCAAGAGUGGAUGCUGCAUAGAUCUGCACAUCGAUCAAUUGCAAGUGGCUGCAGCUGGUGAUCGGGCCCGUCCGGUGAUGUCUGACUCGACGGCCUUCUUCCCCCGUCUGUGCGCCCGCAUCCGUGCCGUCGACUCCAUCCUCUGCAUCGGCCUCGACCCGCAUACUUCCCUGCUCAACAAGACCACCUCUGCCGACUCUUCCUCCCUCCCCACCGCAGCCGACGUCGAGGCCUUCUGUGACGGCCUUAUCGACGCCACCCUUGCCGUGGCCUGCUGCUACAAGCCCAACGUUGCUUUCUUCGAGGCUCUGGGCGGCCCCGGGCUGGAGCUGCUGGCCAAGCUGAUCGCCAAGAUACCAAAGGACAUCCCUGUGUUGCUCGACUGCAAGCGGGGCGACAUCGGCUCGACCGCUGCUGCCUAUGCGACGGCCUCUUACCAUCACCUGAAGGCCGAUGCCGUCACCCUCAGCCCGUACAUGGGCACCGACUCUAUCGUGCCGUUUAUAGAGGACGGCAGCAAGGCCGCCUUCGUCGUGUGCAAGAGCUCCAACCCUGGCUCCAACGACCUGCAGGCACUGGCGAUGAGUGACGGCAGGCCGCUCUACCUGCACGUGGCGAGGCUGUGUGAGCGGCUGGGUCGGACCCACGACAACAACGUGGGCCUGGUGGUGGGGGCGACUGACUGUGAAGCGUUGCGGAGGGUGCGGUCGGAGUGCCCUGAUGUGUGGAUACUGGCGCCGGGGAUUGGCGCACAAGGAGGCGACCUCAAGGAGGCCCUCACAGCCGGUACCUAAGGACAGCACCUACCAAUGCUUUCCUUCGUGUGUGUGCCAUUGAUACCGAGCCACCACUGUGUUUUGAUGGGUGUGUACUGUAUGUGUGUUGUGUGUGUCAGGACUUCGUCCGGACGGUCUGGGGAUGAUCAUGCCCGUGUCACGAGCCAUCUCACGAGCUGAGGUGGGGACCAAUCUCCCAACACGUGGCUGGCGCAUCUGUGUGCAUGGUAUGUGCAUGUGUAUGUGUGUGUCAGGACAUGCGCGGGGCAGCUGAAGAGUUGCGGCAGCAGAUGAAUGCAGUCAGAAGGGAAGUGGUCCAUGGUGGAAGAAUGGGCUGAUUGAUGAUGUUAGCUGAGCUGAGCUGAGCUGCGUCUCCUUUCGGUGUGCUGAGAUCGCUCUAGCAAGACAGAUUGAUCGAUGGUCUCGUGCAGGCCAGGGAGGGGUGUGGGUUUGUGUGUUGCUGUGUUACCUACCUUUCCGCCUGGACAAGCGAGUCCACGUUGUCAGUCAGUGACGCAGGAACGAGUAAUCGAUUGCUUGAUCGACAUAUGCAGGCAGAGUUGGUGCGCUGGCUGUGUGAGACUCGAUGUUCACCACACACACAGAGUGUCCAUUCUCACUCUCUGUGUGCAGUGACCCUCGAGCAUCUCACAGACACACAUGACACGGCUGACUGUGUGUUGACGAUGUGUCCAAGGCAAUGGCAAUGCGCUC